GCCCGUAACUCUGUGGGAAGGUAAACAAACAAAUGUAGAGGAAACUUGUGAGUGACCAUCACCGGUUAUUGUCGCAGCCCUAAUAACAACAACAACAUGAAGUGCACCAUCGGAACAACAAAUGUGAAAGAUUUUGGAAGAGCCAUACAUGCUCUUGCCAAAGUUGGUGAGGAGUUGUACAUAGAGCCAAACCAGUCUGGGGUCUCCUUUCGUACCAUCAGUUCAUCACGGUCAGCAUUCUUCUCUUACAACUUUGGAAACUCCUUCUUCACAUUCUAUGACAGUGGCUUGGGAGGCCAGACACCAACAUCUGGAGAAGACGCAUUCAGGUGUAAAGUGGCUAUGAAGGCAGUGUUAAAUAUAUUCAAAGGGAUUCACAACUUGGAACGAACUGUUCAGCGAUGUAAAUUAACCUUGAAAUGGGAGGACGCCAAAUUGGUUAUCCAGCUUACAUGUCAUUAUGGAAUUGUCAAAACACACAACUUGUCCUUUAUAGAAUGUGAUGCUUUGCAGGCUGUGUACGACAAGGAAUCCUGUCCCAACCACAUGGUGAGUGACUCUCGAGUGCUGCUUGGUGCCCUGUCCAGCUUUCAUCAGCAGACUUUGGAGGAAAUAUCAUUUUGCUUCACACCUCGCAAUCUCAUAUUGAAAUCUCAUGUAGAGGAACCAGAUCCCAGCAAAGUUGUCCACACUGUAGUUACACUGACACGGGGAGAGUUUGAAGAUUACAACAUCAUGAGUAACUGUGAGUUAACUGUCUGUCUCAAAGAAAUAAGAGCACUAUUGGCAUUCACUGGGUCAACUGGUAUCUCCACAAAAGCAUAUUUCUCCGGUCCUGGCAGCCCUAUCAUCUUCACGUAUGAUAGCAAACCUCUAUAUGAAGGCACUCUAGUCCUUGCAACAUUGGUUCAGAAGGCUGAAGUUGGAACUCAGCCUGCAAGUAAAUCCAGUCAUGAACCACGGGCUUCCACUUCAAUAAGGAAAGCUUCCAGUGAAGUAUCGGUGAGGAAGAACAAUCUUCCAAACUCAGCUAGUGAUGACGGAGAUGUUACAGAAGUACAAGAUGUUACUUUUCCAUUGGAGAACUCAAGAGUUGAAGAAAUACCACACCAGCAGAAAGAUGCUGUUAGGGAUGACACCUCUCACAGUGAGCCAGUAGUACCUUUGUCAAGAAAUAACCACAAAACAGCACAAGAAGAGGAGGAGGAUAGUGACACCGUACCAUCAUCACCUCCAGCAAAAAGGAGCAAAUUCUUUUUCCGACGCUGCUUUGAAGCUACUUUCAACCCUGAUACUCUUCCUGGCCAUAAUAUCAUCCUUGCAGAGGACUCUGAUGAAGGGGAUUAGUAGUUUAAGAACAUAAAGGGACCUGGAAGAAGUCACUGAGCUUACAAGUUUGCAGUCCCCAUAUAAGACACACAUAUCCACUUAUCAUCCCUAUCCAUAAACUUGUGUAAUCUUUUGAAGUUUCCAGUUCACUAAGUGCUAACAACCUGAUUAUUUAGUCUUCCAUUCAUUCACUUUUCUAUUUAAAAGUCAAUUUGUCUAUUCUCUCUUUUUUUUUUUUUUUAUUUCCUUAUCAAUCUUCUCAGGUUAGUACUAACAGAAUGCCAAAAAUAAUAUUUUGUUUUUCUUUAUGGAAUCAUAUUUUCAUUCCUGCAAUGGUCUUCAACAAUUGAAUUGCAAUUUCAGUGAAGUGUGACUGCCCUGAUUCUCUCAAAUCAGUUUUGUUGAAUAAGUAUAUUAUGGUACUUUUUUUAAAGUAUUAUGUCAUGUAAACUUCAUUAUGCUCCAUAUUUUAUUUGGAAGAAUUUUACUUAUUUCAUGGUAAUUCAACUUUUUACUUUUAUUUAUGUUGAUGAGCAUCAAUUUCUAAUACCUUCAGUUGGUAUCUGUAUGUGUAUGUGUGUGUGUAAACACUGAAAAAUCAUUGUGAAGGCAGGAUUAAUUGACCACAAAAUAUGAUUGCAAAAGAUAAACUUUUGUGGGACAGUAAAGAUAAAUGUGAUUCCACUAAUUUACCAAGUGCUCACUAAGGCCCAAAUGAAUAUUAGUUGGCCUUGAAUGCCCGUUACUACAUUAUGUUUAUGACAAAAGGAUUUGAACCAUGUUCAUGUUGCCUUUUAGUGAAGUUGACUUUUUUUCUAGUUUAGUUUUAGACCUUUCUCUUGUGCUGUGAAUACCAUCUAGACCAUUCGAGAUGUCAUUGCUUCUACAUAUAUGUAUUUGGAAAGCUGAAUCUUUCCCUACCUUCUUCCUUAGUUUAGAUAAGUUGAGGUCUUAACAUUGUAAUUUCCCUUGCAUAAAAAGCCAUUUGUCCACAUUAAGUUCCUAUAUUAAUCAUACAUCACGAGCCAGUUUCUUUUUGUAGUUCAAAUCAGCAACAUACUCAUAUAACUAUCGUAUCUUUCUCAACAUUUGAUUGCUCUGUCACUUACAAGACUGUUAAUCUUUUCUAGGUUCUAUCAAUGCCACUGCAGAUUUUGAUUCAUAUUUUUUUUUAUAUAAUCUUACAUAAUACUUAUUUCUCUAAGUAAUUAUUACUGUGGUUGAUUAUUUCUAAUGUUUCAUUUGCAAACAUGUUUAAUUGUACCUUGUAUCUUUACAUCAGAAGUUUGUAAUGUCUAAUGGGACUUAUUUAUCAAAACUUGCUCAGGCUAUGCUCUUUUUUCAUAUAAUGCUAUAAAAUAUCGGAAACAUGUCUGUGAUAAUACAUUAGUACGCUAAGGCAAAAACAAAUGUCUAUUUUUGUAUAUAAAUGGAUUUUUUUGU